GACACACAAGAGGGAAUUUCAAAUCGAGAAGAAGAGGCGCUGGAGCAGCUGAGAGCAACAACACCAUGCUGAGAACAGGUAAGGGGAAAACUCCUCGCAGGCUUGGGCCGAGGAAGGCAUCUAACACCGAGAGGGAUCCAGUCGGGGUUUACUGUCGUAUUCGUCCGCUCGGUGCAAAAGAUGAGGAAUGUUGUAUUGAAAUGAUCAGCAGCAGCACUAUUCAGCUGCACACUCCAGAUGGUCUGAAAGCCAACCGUAAUGGAGAAUACAAGGAGACACAGUACUCCUUUAAGAAGGUGUUUGGUAUAAAUACAACUCAAAUGGAGCUAUUUGAGGAUGUUGCCAAGCCACUGAUAGAGGACCUGAUUCAUUGUAAAAAUGGUCUGUUGUUUACAUAUGGUGUUACUGGAAGUGGUAAAACCUUCACCAUGACUGGGUCACCAGGGGAAGGUGGCCUCCUUCCUCGUUCUCUUGACAUGCUCUUCAACAGCGUUGGCCCUUUUCAAGCCAAGCGAUUUGUCUUUAAACCAGAUGAGAAAAAUGGAAUGGAGAUCCAGGGCCAAGUUGAUGCUCUCCUCGAGAGACAGAAGCGAGACAGUCAGCACUCGGUACCCAAAACGCCAUCAUCCAGGCAGAAGGCUGACCCAGAGUUUGCAGAUAUGAUCAGUCCAGCGGAGGCAUGUAAAUCUGACGGCAUUGAUGAAGACUGCUGUUACAGUGUAUUCGUGUCCUACAUUGAGGUCUACAAUAACUACAUCUAUGAUCUCCUUGAAGAUGCUCCAUUUGACCCAAUCAGACCAAAACCUCCCCAAUCCAAGAUUCUUCGUGAAGAUCAGAAUCAUACCAUGUAUGUGGCCGGCUGCACUGAAGUUGAAGUCAAAUCUACUGAGGAGGCUUUUGAAAUCUUUUGGAAAGGGCAAAAGAAAAGAAGGAUAGCAAACACUCAGCUCAACCGUGAAUCCAGUCGCUCCCACAGUGUGUUCACUGUGAAGCUGGUCCAAGCACCACUUGAUGCAGAUGGAGACCAUAUACUACAGGACAAAAACCAAGUAAAUGUGAGCCAGCUGUGCCUGGUUGACCUAGCAGGCAGUGAACGCACCAGCAGAACCAGAGCAGAGGGAAGUCGUCUCCGUGAAGCAGGUAAUAUUAACCAGUCCUUGAUGACGUUGCGCACUUGUAUGGAAGUCCUGCGUGAAAAUCAAAUGUGUGGAACUAAUAAGAUGGUGCCGUAUAGGGACUCUAAAGUUACACAUCUUUUUAAAAAUUACUUUGAUGGAGAGGGAAAAGUCAGGAUGAUCGUGUGCGUCAACCCAAAGGCUGAUGAUUAUGAAGAAACAGCGUUGGUGAUGCGCUUUGCAGAAAUGACUCAGGAGGUGGAGGUGGCUCGCCCAGUAGACCGACCGAUCUGUGGCCUUACACCAGGACGCAGACACAGAAACCAGGCGUUCAAAGAAGAGUUGUCACGCCGCCUGGAAGAAAGGGGGGGUCCAACUUAUGGAGAUGAUCCAGGUCUGCUGAACCAGCUCAUAGAAAGCCUCCCCCCCCUACCGCGCUGUGAGCUGGUUGACCCGGCUGAUGAUCAGACGCUGCCUCGCCUUAUCGACAUCCUGGAGAGACGGCAUCGUAUCCGUCAGAUGAUGGUGGAACAGUUCAAUCAAACUGCUAAUACACUGAAGUCCAAGCUUCAGCAGUUUGACAGUCAACUUGGUGUAAAGGAGACAUUCCUCCAUGAUCAGCAAAGUAAACUGAACGAGAAAGACAAAGUCAUCAUCAACCAGAAAACUGAGAUUGAGCGACUAGAAAAGAAGUCCAAGACACUGGAAUACAAGAUUGAUAUCCUGCAGAAAACAACAGACAUGUAUGAGCAGGACAAGCGCUCACUUCAACAGGACCUGAUGACUCGGGAACAGAAGCUGCAGAAAGAGCUGUCAGAAAGGAAGCGCAUGGAGCAACGCAUGCAGGGCGUGGUGACGGACACCCGACACAAGUGGGAGAAGGAGUGUGAGAGACGAGUGAAUGCCAAGCAGCUGGAGAUGCAGAACAAGCUGUGGGUGAAGGAUGAAAAAUUGAAGCAGCUCAAAGCCAUCGUGACGGAGAGUAGCAGCAGUGGUGGGUGUCCCACCGAGUGGCCACAGAAGCCUGAAAGACCCUCCAGGGAGCGAGAUCGUAAUGCUGUCCAGAAGAGGUCGGCCUCACCAUCACCAGUUCCUGACAUGAGCCGAACUCCUUCCCACCAAAAUCAAGCCAGUGUUAGGACAGUGCAGGCCCCUCACCCUCCUUCCUCCUCCUCCUCCUCCUCCUUUCCUUCAGUAGCCUCCUGCAUCUCUGACUGGGAGCAGAAGUUGCCCGUAUAUUCAGGCAGCCAGCUUAGGACCCCCAGGACUCCCCAGUACAGCAGCCGGACCCCCACCCCGUGCCACAGCAGCAGCAGUAUGGGUCGCAGGAGAGGCCCUGUCACCACGCUGGGCUAUGGGUUAGACCUAGAGUCAGGCACAAGGACGGUUCCUCCAGUGCAUUCAAUGCACAGGCGCUCACGUUCUGCGGGCGAGGAGAAAUGGGUAGACCAUAAGCCAACAUCUAAUUUGGAUCUAGACACUGUAAUGCAGCCAAUCAUACCCAAUGCAAUCAAGGUGUCGACCCCAAAUGAGAAAGCCCUGUCUAAAUGUCACAAAUACGUGCUAAGACAUCAAGAGCUUGCCUCUGAUGGGGAGAUCGAGACCAGACUGAUCAAGGGCAAUGUUUUCAAGACCAGAGGUGGAGGACAAUCGGUUCAAUUUACUGACAUCGAGACACUAAAACAGGAGUGUCCAAUGGCAAGUCGCAAGAGGCGUUCAGGUUCUGGAGAGAGAGCGGCUCACAUAGAAGAUGUAGAAAACCGGGCUCCAGUCGCUGGCUCAAGUUCAAGCCAAGGGUAUCAAAAGCGCAGAAAACCCUAAGAACCUGUAGAGAUGAAUGUUGUUGUUUUUUUCUUGUCAAGAAUAAGCAAGAUACCUACCAUUUAAGUGGGAAAACUGCAUCUUUGUCAAAUUUUUUUGACAAAUAUGACAAAUUAUUAUCGUGAAAUUAUAAUUUAAUCAUAUCUUAAAGAUGUAGAAGAUUUCACUUAACUAGAUUACUGUGCUUUUUCUUUUUUGAAUGCUGGAAUCCUCGUAGACAUGGAGAUGCUAAAUGGUCACAUGACAAUUAUGUAAAUGUACUCAUCACUCUGCUUUUGUAUUUUCACCCAGAUAUUUGCACUAUAAAACUUUUCUACUGUUGCUUUUAAGAAGCUAUUUAUUCCAGUAUUACGACAAGUAAUUGUAUAUUGAUUUUUAACAUCUCCAAUUAAAUAUGAUCCUUUUUGCAUCAUAUUUAAUUUUUUUCCCUAAUUUAAUGGGGACAGGUGUUCUUUGGGGUGUUCUUAGUCUGUUUUUAAAGAUGUAUAUUAAAAAAAAAAAAAAUCAACAUUUUACACUUGAUUUGGAUCAUAUUGAGGUCAGUAUAUCUUCUAAAGCUUUGGGGCCUGACAUAAGUAUAAGUAGUAGUGCGGAAGCCAUGGUUAGUUCACAUAACACAAAAGAGGGGAAAACGUGAUUUGUGAUUACUAUUUUCCAUGCUGUGGGAAAAUAUGGUUCCUUUUGAAGAUCAUUAAGAGCACCUAGGGGUGGAGCAGAUGCAUAAAAGCCUGCACAGAAAAUCUUAACCACCUCUCUUGGUGUUUGUGCUUUUUUUUGUUUGUUUGGGUUUGUUUUGUGCUUUUUUUUUUUUUUUUUUUUAACUUAAACGACUUCUAAAAAUGUUUGUCAAUGAGGUGGUGUUGCAUCUCUUUAACCAUGAAAGUGACAAAGGAGAAUGUGGCUGAGAAAGAGGAUGAUGCUGAGGAGGACCUCCUACGAUGAGAAUGAGACCUCAGUGUUGACCCUCAUCUUAUCUCUCAACCAACAAUAAACGCCAUAC